AUGGAUGGGCUUCUCAUCAAUACUGAAGAUAUAAAUAUUAGAGUUGUGAAUAUGAUCCUGGCCAAGUACAACAGACCUACCGCUACUCCGUCUAUCCUAGCCCAGAUUAUCGGUACAACAGACGGGACAAAUGGCGACGCAUUCCAUGAGUGGGCUAAACUGCCCAUAUCCCGCGAGCAAUAUGAGUGCGAAUCGGAUGAGAAAACCAGGCUUUAUUUUCCUCACUGCAUGCCUCUACCUGGAGCAGAAACGCUGCUGUCAAACCUUGGCCGGGCACAUUCAAUUUCUGGAGAGAGGAUCAAAAUAGCUAUUGCAUCUGGAACUAUGGGAUGGACUUACGAAUUGAAAGUAUCGAGUCCCGCAAUACGUCAUCUGCUAGACUAUGUUCCACCCAAGAAUCGCAUUUUUGGCUUUGAUGCUCGACUAUCCAAUAGUCGAAAAAAGCCAGCCCCUGAAAUUUACUUAACUGCCCUGGAAGCUUUGAAUGCAACAAAUGAAACCCUAACUGGUGCCCCAAUACUACCCCAGGAAUGUCUAGUAUUCGAAGAUAGUGUGCUUGGGGUAGAGGCUGGAAGAAGGGCUGGUAUGCGGGUUAUUUGGGUACCGAACUCGGAGCCAGAGCCCGAAUAUUGUCUAAUAGAGAAGGAAGUGCUAGCAGGAAGAACUAAGAUGGUGGAUAUCGGAGAUGACUGGCAAUGUGGAGAAAUUGAUGACGGAUGGGCUGAAAGGAUACCAAGUUUGGAGUUCUUUGAUUAUAAGAAGUAUGGGAUCGAAGUACCGUCCUCGGUAUCAGCUUAG